AUGGAGGGAGGGCUUUGUUAUCACGCGCAGGAGUAUUCCGUGGGGGCGGGGAUACAAGAUCAUUGCUAUCCUGCACUCUCGGGGGUUGUCAGGGCGGUUAAUCGUGGAGGGGGGUCGGGUUGCUGCGGUGGUGGCGGGGGGGGGGGGGGGUGGGGGGGGGGGGUAGGGGGGGGGGAGGGAGGCGGGGGGGGUCGAUGUAGGGGGGGGGGGGGUGGGGGGGGAGGGGGAGGUCGGAGGGGGGGGGGGUUGCGUGGGUGGGGGGGGGGUGGAUGGGGCGGGUGGAGGUGGGGGGGGGGUGGGUGGGGAUGUGGGGGGGGGGGGGGGGGGGCACGGCGCAGACGCGCGGCUGCGUGGUUCAACCGAGGUGUUGAGUGUGUAGGGGGGGUUCUGGCGAGGGAAUGGCGGGUUCGCCGAGUAGGGGUCGUAUGA